ACAACAACAACAACAACAGCAGCAGCAGCAGCAAUUACAACAAGUUGUAAACAGCUCGCCUGGAGGCCUAAGGCGUCGGCACUCUCAGCCACCUACACACACUUACCAGUGUAGAAAGUUACUUUGCUGAGGGCACGUGAGACGGCGCCGCUCAAGGCGCACCGGCCGCCAACAUACCUAUGCCAGCCCGCAAGGGGCUGCUUGCGCCCCAGAAUACAUUCCUCGACACAAUUGCCACACGGUUCGAUGGCACGCACUCGAACUUUGUGCUCGGCAAUGCGCAGGCAAAUGGCAAUCCAAUUGUUUAUUGCUCGGAUGGGUUCGUGGACUUGACAGGAUAUUCUCGCGCGCAAAUUAUGCAAAAGGGCUGCUCAUGUCAUUUCCUUUACGGCCCGGAUACGAAGGAGGAGCACAAGCAGCAAAUUGAGAAAAGUCUUUUGAAUAAGAUGGAACUCAAGUUGGAAGUUAUUUUCUACAAAAAGGAAGGCAGCCCAUUUUGGUGUCUAUUUGAUCUUGUGCCCAUCAAGAAUGAAAAGCGGGAUGUCGUUUUGUUUUUGGCCUCCCACAAGGACAUUACGCACACCAAAAUGCUGGAGAUGAAUGUGAACGAGGAAUGUGAUAGCGUUUUUGCCCUUACAGCUGCAUUACUAGGCGCAAGAUUUCGUGCCGGCUCCAAUGCCGGCAUGCUGGGACUGGGCGGGCUGCCCGGCUUGGGUGGCCCCGCUGGCGCUGAUGGGGAUGCGGAGGCGGGUGAAGGCAACAACUUGGAUGUACCUGCGGGCUGUAACAUGGGGCGGCGACGUAGUCGAGCUGUGUUAUAUCAGUUGUCCGGGCAUUAUAAGCCUGAAAAGGGCGGCGUGAAAACCAAAUUAAAACUGGGCAAUAACUUCAUGCAUUCGACGGAGGCGCCAUUUCCGGAGUACAAAACGCAAUCAAUAAAGAAGUCACGCUUGAUUUUACCGCAUUAUGGCGUUUUCAAAGGCAUCUGGGACUGGGUCAUACUGGUGGCUACCUUUUAUGUGGCCCUAAUGGUGCCGUACAAUGCCGCCUUUGCCAAAGCGGAUCGACAGACGAUGGUCUCUGAUGUCAUUGUCGAAGCGCUCUUCAUUGUUGAUAUUUUAUUGAAUUUUCGCACGACCUUUGUCUCACGCAAGGGUGAGGUUGUCUCCAAUUCAAAACAAAUAGCCAUCAAUUAUUUUCGUGGCUGGUUCGCUUUGGAUUUAUUGGCCGCUCUGCCCUUUGAUCAUCUCUAUGCGUCCGACUUAUACGACGGCGAGGAAUCGCACAUACAUCUUGUGAAAUUGACGCGUCUGCUGCGCCUGGCGAGGCUGUUGCAAAAAAUUGAUCGAUACUCACAGCACACGGCCAUGAUACUGACUUUGCUGAUGUUUUCAUUUACGCUGGCGGCGCAUUGGUUGGCCUGCAUCUGGUAUGUCAUUGCUGUCAAGGAGUACGAGUGGUUUCCCGAGAGCAACAUUGUCUUGUUCACAGGUUGGCUACAGCUGCUUGCGGAGCGUAAGAACGCCACAGUUGCUAUACUAACAACGGCUGAAACUUACUCGACCGCCUUGUAUUUCACAUUCACCAGCCUCACCUCUGUGGGCUUUGGCAAUGUGUCGGCCAAUACAACGGCCGAGAAGGUUUUCACCAUUAUUAUGAUGUUGAUUGGCGCUCUUAUGCAUGCCGUCGUCUUUGGUAAUGUGACUGCCAUAAUCCAACGCAUGUACUCACGUCGUUCACUAUACGAGAGUAAAUGGCGCGAUCUCAAGGAUUUUGUAGCGCUGCAUAAUAUGCCCAAGGAGCUCAAGCAGCGCAUCGAGGACUACUUUCAAACUUCAUGGUCACUCAGCCAUGGCAUUGACAUAUACGAGACGCUGCGCGAAUUUCCGGAGGAGCUGCGUGGCGAUGUCUCCAUGCAUCUACAUCGUGAAAUAUUACAGCUGCCUAUAUUCGAGGCUGCCUCACAGGGCUGCUUGAAGCUCUUGUCGCUGCACAUCAAGACGAACUUUUGUGCGCCCGGCGAGUAUCUCAUACACAAAGGCGAUGCACUCAACUACAUUUAUUAUCUAUGCAAUGGCUCCAUGGAGGUGAUCAAGGACGAUAUGGUUGUCGCCAUAUUGGGCAAAGGCGAUCUCGUCGGCUCGGACAUCAAUGUGCACCUGGUGGCGACCAGCAAUGGCCAAAUGACCGCCACCACCAACAGUGCGGGACAGGAUGUUGUCGUUCGCAGCAGCAGCGACAUAAAGGCGCUCACCUACUGCGAUCUGAAGUGCAUACAUAUGGGUGGACUGGUGGAGGUGCUGCGUCUGUAUCCAGAGUACCAGCAGCAGUUCGCCAAUGACAUACAGCACGAUUUGACCUACAAUCUGCGCGAAGGCUAUGAGAACCAGGAGUCGGAUAUUGGACCCAACUUUCCGCUGCCCAGCAUAAGCGAGGACGAUGAGAAUCGCGAGGAGGGCGACAACGACAAUGAGCAGGAGAAAGAGGAUAAGCCCGUGUCGACGGGCGCGUCGCCGCUGCAUAGCAUCACGCGCUCGCCGCUGCUGGGCAUGAACAGUCCGCGGCAUCAGCGUCUGCAGCAGCGCGGUCGCUCGCUUAUAACGCUGCGUGAGACGAACAAGCGCGCGCGUCCUUUGAACAUGGCCAGCAGUCUGGAUCGCAAUUCAUUUGAGGAGGUGGACUCUACGCUGGAGGAGGACUCGGCAGGCAAGCGGCCCUCGUUGGAGCGUCUGGAUUCGCAGGUCUCAACGCUGCAUCAGGAUGUGGCGCAGUUGAGCGCUGAAGUGCGCAAUGCCAUAAGCGCGCUGCAGGAGAUGGCUUACUCCUCAGCUGCGCUGAAUCUGCAUGGCUCGAUGAAGUUUCCGCCAGCACGCUCCAUACCCAACAUCAGCGGCGUCGCAGCUGGACGCGUGGGCUUGGGCGGCGAAACGCCGCUGCUGGACAAUCAGUUGGCCAUGGGCGCUGCCGAAGCUGCUGUCAUGCAGCGCUGCAGCUCGCAUCCACCCGAGGUUUGGGGACGCGAAAUGCAGCUGCCAAAUGUGAACACUGCGCCCAGCUCCAAGGCUGCCUCGCCGGCUACAGUCGAGCCCAGCAGCAAGACCGCCAAUCGCAGCUGCCAGACGGACUUUUAUCGCAUUGAUUUUCCCACAUUCGAGCGCUUUGUGCUGGCGAAUCCGCGUCUGGUGCUGGGACUGCUGGGCAUUGAGCCAACCAUAAAGAACGAAAUGGAUUUGCUGCAGCAGAAGCAAACGCUGCAGAUUUCGCCGCUGAACACCAUCGAUGAAUGCGUUUCGCCACUGGCGCCCGAGCCCGGGCUGAGCAGCUCCAAGGAGCGACUGCUGCAAGCUUCUGCCUCAAGCGCACGCAUCUAUCCGCCGCUGGACGAUGAGAACUCCAAUGACUUUCGCUGGACCAUGAAACACUCGGCCAGCCAUCAAAGCUGCUGCAAGAGCACAGAUGCGCUGCUCACAGCGGAGCUGACAGCAGCUGGCCAGGAGCUGCCUGCAGAGCCGCAGCUGCCGCCACGCAGCAAGCGCAGCAUGCGCCGCAAUGGCAGCGGCGGCAGCAACUCCAGCUUGUCCAGCAGCAGCUCCAGCUCCAAUUGUCAUGUGUCCCAGAGCACAGGCAAUCUGACCAGCACCACCACCACCAAUGCUGCAGUACACUGCAGCAACAGCAGCCACAGCGUGGCCAACACCAGACGCGCUUCCUGGAAGCUGCAGCAGUCGCGCAGCGGCGAGUAUCGUCGCCUGUCCGAAGCUAAUGCGGAGUACUCACCACCCGCCAAGCAGCCUGUGCCCAUGCCCAACUAUGCAGCCAACUAUGAAGAGGAAAGCGUUGAGCUGCUGGGUCCACGUCGCGGCUCCAGCACUGAUGCGGCCAAGCAAACGCGCAGUCGCAUCUUGUUGGGCGUCAAUAGCGGCAGCGGCAGCGCUCAAAACAUGAGCUUCCGUUUCUCUGCCGGCGAUGCAGACAAAUUGGAAAAGGGCCUGCGUGGUUUGCCCUCAACGCGCUCAUUGCGCGAUCCCAGUGCCAAGUAAGGCGCCCCCCCCACUCAACACAAAGCGGCAUUGUUUAUGGCCAGCAUUUUGUUUUUGGCAGCUGACAGGGGGCGCGGCGCGUGUGUGGCAUGCAGCAUGUAGCUUGCGGCAUGUGUGUGUGCGUAUCAAGUUACCUACGCAUGCAACAGAAGGUCGAUGUGCGUGAUUUAUUUGCUAAUUAAUACUGAAAUACGAAGACGCUUGUACUUUUAAUAUCUUUAAGAUACAACAACAGCAGCAGAUUGAGUUAGAUUGUAAUUUUUAGGUAUUGCAAAUAAGAGUUAUGGCCUAACAUAAACAAAAUGAAGGCCGCAAAAAUGGGAAAUGCAAGAAUAAGAAAAAACCGCAGAUAAAUAACAAUUCAAUUUCAAUGUUUAUGUGAAGC